UAAAUUUGAAGAAUUCCAUACUAUUGUUUGCAGCAAAGAUGUGGCUUUCAAGAAGUGUUACGGUUUCUCUUCUUCCUUCUAUUGCCAAGUUUUCUCCUUUUCUUCCCAUGCACAAUUCCCUCUUUUGCUCUCACCUUCACUCUCAAACUUCCUUACACGACGACGCCGUCUCACAAUUCAAUCGUUUGCUUCAUCAGCGUCAUGUUCCUUCCAUCUUCGAAUUUGGAAAAAUUUUGGGAUUUCUUGUGAGGAUGAAGCAGUACUCUACCUCUAUUUCUCUUAUCAAGCAAAUGGAGUUCAAGGGAAUUCUCUGUGACCUUGCUAAUCUCAACCUCCUUAUCAAUUGUUUCUGUCACUUACACAAAUUGGCUUUUGCUUUCUCUGUAUUUGCCAAGAUUUUCAAACGGGGUUAUCAUCCAGAUGCCUUUACCUUAAAUACACUCAUGAGAGGUCUCUGUGACAAGGGUGAGGUCAAGGAAGCCCUCAAUUUUCAUGACAAAGUAGUAGCACUAGGAUUUCCGCUCGACCAAUAUUCUUACGGAAUUCUGGUCAAUGGAUUGAGCAAAAUAGGAGAAACGGAAGCCGCCAUCGAAUUGCUCAGAACGAUUCAACGUCCAUCAAUAGUAAUGUAUAACAUUAUUAUUGACUCUUUAUUAAAAGAGAAACAUCCAACAGAAGCUUAUGAUUUCUAUUAUGAGAUGGUUAUCAAGGGAAUUCCUCUUAAUCUUGUUAAUUAUAAUACUCUAAUUUAUGGCUUUUGUUUAGUAGGACAGGUAGAGGUAGCAUUUGGUUUCCUAAAUGAAAUGAUAUCAAAUAGCAUCAGGCCGGAUGUUUAUACCUAUAAUAUAUUGAUUGAUGUAUUGUGUAAGGAAAGAAAGCUAGGAGAAGCAAAAAAUGUGUUAGGUGUGAUGGUGAAAGCUUAUGUGAAACCUAAUGUUGUUAGCUUUAAUGCUCUAAUGAAUGGGUAUUACGCACUUAAUAAAGUGAGGAAUGCAAAACAGGUAUUCAGUGCAAUGACUCACAUGGGAGUGAGUCCUGAUGUUAAGACCUACGGUAUCAUGAUAAAUGGAUUCAUAAGGAACAAAAGGGUGGAUAAGGCUAUAAAUCUCUUUCAGGAAAUGCACGACAGGAAUAUGGUUCCAGAUACUGUGACUUACAAUACUCUUAUUGAUGGUUUAUGCAAAAUUGGAAGAAUCUCUCAUGCUUGGGAUCUUUUUCGUGAGAUGCGUGGUAGAAAUAGACAAGCAAAUGUAAUCACUUAUAGUUCUUUGAUUGAUGGUUUAUGCAAAAAUCAACAUCUAGACAAGGCAAUUGAAUUAUUGAGGAAAAUGAGAGAGAAUGGAGUUCAGCCCGAUAUGUACACGGUAAAUAUACUUAUUAAUGGGAUGUGUAGAGGGGGGAGACUUAAGAAUGCACAAGAGAUUUUUCAGGAUCUAUUGAAUAAAGGUCACAAUCCCAACAUCCCUACUUAUAAUGCUAUGAUAAGUGGUCUUUGUAAGGAGGGUUUGCUUGAUGAGGCAUUGACCUUGUGGUCCAAAAUGGAAGACAGUGGUUGUUUAUCUAAUGUUAUUACUUUUGAAAUAAUCAUCUCUGCUCUCUUUAAGAAUGGCCAGACUGAAAAGGCUGAGGUAUUUUUUCACGAAAUGAUUUCUAGAGACUUGUUGAAAUGAUGAGAGGUGACCCCUUAUUUGAGUAAGAAGUUACAUUUAUGUGUUUGUCAUAGGAUGUGCAUGAAUGGUUUGUAAAUUUUGUGUUAGAUGAGUUGGUUUAUGUUGUAACCCGUGGCUGAUGUUUUCCUGGACAAGGGUUGAUACAUUUUUAUUUUCUACUCUGCAUUUUGAUUGCUAUCAAACUUCUGUUUCCUUUGACAUUACAUUUUACUUGUAGAAUUUGUUUAACUGAUUAGUAGAAUGGUUGAAAUCAAUGGUUUUAUUGUCUUUCAAGACCAAAACUAUGACCUUCCUUACUAUGUCUAAAAUCUUGAUGAUUUUUUUUUUUUUUAUUUCCAACUGUUUGAUAUUCCCCAUUCAUGUUUGUCAGAGACCAAAUAUGAUUUUUCUUUAGGGCCUUCAGUGUUGCACUUCAGGAACCAUUCCCAAAGAAUAAGCACACUUGCGAAGCUUAGUGAUCUUAACCUUGGCAAUAAUCAUCUUCCUGAUAUGUCUAUGCCUAAAGAACUUUUAAGUCUUUCUGAAUUCUUCCAAUAGCAGAAUCUCACAUGUCUAUUUCUUACUCUCACUGGAUUAAUUGCAGGUUCAAUACCACCAGAACUUGGUAAUUUAGCACAAUUGGAUACAUUGUACCUCCAUAAUAAUUAUUUGGAAAAUUUCCUGGUUUGUUUUUAUUUCCCAUAUAUACUUUGAUUUCUUCCUCCUUAAAACCUUCGCUGUAUGAACAUUAUGCAGCAUAUUAUCUCACUUCAUAACAUGGAGAUGAGCAAGCUGAAGUUUAAAAGAACUAGAGAUAUACCACUUCUUAUGUGUAUGAAAGAUCAUGGCACAACUUCCUUUCAUUCAAGUAUGGUUAUACAUAAUCAGCUGAUAAAGUUCUUAGUUAUAUAUGUAGAAAUUACAUAAUUACAAUGAUAAAGUUGUUAGAUUAAUUAGAUAGCCAUAUAUAGUACUCAAUUAUUGUAUUUGCUGUUGAGUUGAGGUUGCUGAAGACUAAUCU